AUGCCCACUGCCACUACUUUCGAUCUAUUUGAAGAAAUAACUGUUGAAGAGCAACAAGAAUUAGACAAUAGAAAAAAACAAUUUAAUGUCGAUAUUGAAAAACAGAUCGCUGCUUUGCCAGCAGAUCCAAAGCAACGAUCGAUGAGUGAAAAUCGCUUCAUUUUUAAUCACGUCCGUGAGGAAAAGUUUGCACGACCUGGUCAGCACCGUCAAUUACUUUCACGACAAGAAUGUCAACAUGUCCUUGACGUGUGCAGAGCUCAGAAAGCCGAUAGCCAUCAGUGGACGACCGAUCGUCAUUCCGCUUUUCCUACUACUGACAUUCCCGUCCGUCAUGAUGACCAGUUACGCCACUUGGAAGAUCUUGUAAAGACACGUUUAUUUGAUGAACUUGCCGACCAUUAUGGAUUCAAGGCGUCCGACCUGGCAUUUCGAGAUAUUUUCUUGGUAAAAUACUCGGCUUGUGCUCAAAGGGGCUUGAAACUGCAUACAGACGGAUGUUUGUUUUCCAUUACGUUACUCAUCAGUCAUGAAGAUGAUUUUGAAGGCGGAGGCACUUAUUUCAAAAACAUGGAUGACAUUGUUUAUUUGAAGCAAGGGGAUUGCGCUUAUCAUGAUGCCCAUGUCUUACAUAGUGGCGUGGAUAUAACGAAAGGAGAAAGAUAUAUCUUGGUUGGAUUUAUAGAUACUGUUGACACCGUGUCAAAGGAUGAAAAAAUGAAUAAACAAACGUUGAGAAGGUAA